GGCGGGCGGGCAGGCAGGCGGGGGCCCCGGGGCGGGGGGCGCCCCGGCCCGCUCGGCGCCGCGCCAUGGCCCAGCAGCAGGUGAGCAGCUCGCAGAAGGCGCUGAUGCUGGAGCUGAAGUCGCUGCAGGAGGAGCCGGUGGAGGGCUUCCGCAUCACCCUGGUGGACGAGUCCGACCUCUACAACUGGGAGGUGGCGAUCUUCGGGCCCCCCAACACCCUCUACGAGGGCGGCUACUUCAAGGCUCACAUUAAAUUUCCUAUCGACUAUCCAUAUUCACCGCCUACCUUCAGAUUCCUGACCAAAAUGUGGCAUCCCAACAUUUAUGAGAAUGGAGAUGUAUGUAUUUCAAUUCUUCACCCACCUGUAGAUGACCCACAAAGUGGAGAACUGCCAUCCGAAAGGUGGAACCCCACCCAGAAUGUCAGGACUAUUCUACUGAGUGUAAUCUCCUUGCUUAAUGAGCCCAACACCUUCUCUCCAGCCAAUGUGGAUGCAUCAGUCAUGUUCAGGAAAUGGCGGGACAGUAAAGGAAAAGACAAAGAGUAUGCUGAAAUCAUUAGGAAACAGGUUUUGGCUACCAAGGCUGAGGCGGAAAAGGAUGGCGUGAAGGUCCCCACUACACUGGCAGAGUACUGCAUCAAAACUAAAGUGCCUUCCAAUGACAACAGUUCAGAUUUGCUUUAUGACGACUUGUACGAUGACGACAUUGAUGAUGAAGACGAGGAGGAGGAAGAUGCCGAGUGUUACGAUGAUGAUGAUUCUGGCAACGAAGAGUCGUGACCUGCUCCCUACAUGCCCCUGUACUGCCCUGCCGACUCAGGCCAAAAGGGAGCAGUGGUAACCUAGCAACAGUCCAGCAAAAAAUACACGGGGGAAAUCAACAACAAACUCUUGUCUCCUGCUGUACGGAUCUCUGUUUGCUCUUUUUUAUGGACCUCUUAGAGAGAGAGAGAGACCCUUCACAGAAUGUCUGAAUUCUUGCAUUCUUAACCCUUUCAUCACUGCAUUAUGAUUUCUUUUUUAAGAAAGAAACUCCCCCUCUCGCUUCUCUACGAAACGUUCACAGUGAAACAGGUUUGGUCUGUGUUUAAAUACUUUAAUUAAACACAGUCUUGCAUCGAGAUGUUUAAUGUAUUUAAAGCUGGAACAAACCCAUUGAAGUUGGGUCCUUGGGAGUUCACAAGUGCUGCAUUUACUGGGAAGAAAAAACAAAACCACACAAAAAAGCAAAUUGCCAAGGUUUAGCUGCUCCAUUUACAAUAAUAGCGUGUGCACAUUUGUGUAGCUUUGUGGUGGUGGUGGUUUUUUCCUUUUUUCAAGGCUUGGGGCGGAGAGUGUAAGCUACUGUGUGUUGAGCUUGAUGGAAUGUGUUACUGAAAGGUACAGUAUUCCUUUUCAGCCUGUUCUAGUUAGGAAGUAGACAGCCCCUGGAGCCUUG